CAAACAAAAUAACAAAAACUGUAAAUACAGAGUAUUAUAAAACAGAACAAAUAAACGUGGGAUCCCAUUAUCAUAUUCAACGAAGGAGGAAGGCGGAUGAGUGAAUUGCAGACGGUAAUAACAACAGUACACAUUACCUACAGUAAUACUGACUAAUGAAUGUUAACUGUAUACCAAUAAAAAGGUCACAGUGUCGAUGUAACGAGCAGGAUCUGUGUAUUAUUUAUAGACAGACCAACACGCGGUUUUAUUUAUCUAGAGCCGCCCACCCGGCCGACUCUAACCCGCCGUUCAGCAAUCGCGACAUCCAUACCAUACUGUGUUAAAAAACUUAAUGUCGUUUAUGAUUUAUGAGUGUUCAUUUCACAUGUUUGGGUAAAGAUAUGUCUAUUAUAAGAAUAUUUGUUCAUUUGAUUCAGAGUUUCAAGUUUAGGCUUAGUUAUUACCCACUAAAAGCAUAGUAAGUAGGAAGAAGAAAAGCUUAUUUCAUGUCAUUUGUAGAACACGGAUCAUAAUUUCUGUGAAGUAGUAAAACAAUGUAUUUAACUGUUUCCUGUUAUAAUAUAUUCUUAGGCAGUUGAAAAAAGUCCAGAUUAUAAAUGAAGUCCUGUCCGAACACUCUUCGCUAGAUCAUUUGAACUUGGAACGUUUGGUUAUUGUGGCACAUCAAAAGCAGUCACGUAAAAGCUGUCGCAAAGAACAGACGCGUUGUCGCCCGCCUCCUGGCCAGUUUUAGCCUGAAAAGGAUACCCGUGUUUAUUUCGGGGCACAUAGUCUUGGUGAUUGCUUUUGGAUGAUUGCCGUGGACUUGGCUGGUUACGUAAAUUGUGGGAAGUGCGUGUGUUAUUACUUGGCUCCGAAUGUACCGUUGAAAGCUCAAUUUUAAUGAUCUCACAUGUUAAAGGCUCCUAACAUUUUAAUCUAAACAGUGAUCAAUUUCGGAGAUCCUCUAUGUUGGACACACCACAUGUUACCAACACUGUCGAGACUGUAGAAACGUGGUGACUGUUGAUACAAUAAACAAAGUUUCGGUCGUGUCUGUGCAUCGAUGUCUCAUAUUGAUAAAGUAAGUGCUGCAUCAGCACCAAGUGAAUGUGUUAAAAGGAAUACGAAUAUAUGUGAAGUUAAUCAAUCUUCGAAGUGAGUGUGCAAAACCGUAACAGUAGUAUUUGAUAACAUUAUAGUAGAGAUGCAUACCUCAUGGAUAGUGAGGGUAGACUAGUGUUUUGGAAGAGCGGUGUAUGGGAGGGAGGAGCUCCCACUUUAAACUGCAACACCUGUAAGAAACGACGCUCUGACAGAAUGAGCGCUAACGAUCGCCCACAGGGUGAGCUAAAAAAACUCUCUGAGGAGAGUUUGACGCGCCAGCCGGAGGAGGUGUUCGAUAUAAUAUGCAAGUUAGGCGAGGGCUCCUAUGGCAGCGUGUACAAGGCGCUGCACAAGGAGAGCGGCCAGGUGCUGGCCAUCAAGCAGGUCCCCGUGGACACGGACCUGCAGGAGAUCAUCAAGGAGAUAUCCAUCAUGCAGCAGUGCGACAGCCCCUACGUCGUCAAGUACUACGGCAGCUACUUCAAGAACACCGACCUAUGGGUGAGAGAUUCAGAGGUCACAAUAUGUUUAAUUGUAAUGGAAUACUGCGGCGCGGGGUCCGUGUCCGACAUCAUGAGGCUACGGAAGAAGACGCUAUCAGAAGACGAGAUAGCCACCAUCCUCUGUGACACGCUGAAGGGUCUGGAGUACCUGCACCGGCGGCGGAAGAUCCAUCGGGACAUUAAGGCCGGGAACAUUCUCUUGAACACGGAGGGUCACGCUAAACUGGCUGACUUCGGUGUGGCUGGACAGUUGACGGACACGAUGGCGAAGCGCAACACAGUGAUCGGCACCCCGUUCUGGAUGGCGCCCGAGGUCAUCCAGGAGAUCGGCUACGACUGCGUGGCCGACAUCUGGUCGCUGGGCAUCACGGCGCUGGAGAUGGCGGAGGGCAAGCCGCCCUACGGGGACAUACACCCCAUGCGGGCCAUCUUCAUGAUCCCCACCAAGCCGCCGCCUUCCUUCAGGGAACCAGAUCAAUGGUCUCCAGAGUUCAUAGACUUCGUCAGUCAGUGCCUCGUGAAGAACCCUGAUGAGAGAGCCACCGCCGAGUACCUGCUAACACAUGAAUUUAUUGGUAACGCGAAGCACCCGAGCAUCCUGAGCACGAUGAUAGCGGAGGCGCGCGAGAUCCGCGAGAGCCAGGUGUUCCGCAACGCGCAGCAUCACACCAACAACGCCAAGACCUUCGCGGCGGACGCGAACUACUCGGAGGCGACGAUGAAGGCGAGUGGGGACGGGACGCUGGUCCCCGCGCGGGACGAGCUGGCCGCCGACCUGGGGACCAUGGUCAUCAACGAGCCUGAUGCAGACCUGGCCACCAUGAAGCGCCACGACACGGACCCGAUGGACACGAACCGUCCUAAGUACCGGCCGCUGUUCCUGGAGCACUUCGAGAAGAAGGAAGUCAACCACCUGAACAUCGGCGCCAACACCAACGGGACGCUGCCCGCAGCCCCCCGACACGCGGUCGCCGCGCACAGUGUGGAAGGCGGCGAGCCCGAGUCGGAAGUGAACCCGGCGCUAGCUUUCCAGCGCGCCUUCGUGGAGGAGGGCAACUUCGAAUUUGUAAGUCAACUGCACGUCGUGUCCCUGCUCCCGCUGCGACACUCGCAGCCCUCGCCGCGCGCGCCUGGGCUACCUGUCGGUGGGCGAGCUGGAGGCCCGCAUGGCGCGGCUGGACGCGGAGAUGGAGGCCGAGAUCGAGCUGCUGCGGGCGCGCUACAACCGCAAGCGGCAGCCCAUACUCGACGCCAUACACCUCAAGCGGAAGCGCCAGCAGAACUUCUAGCAAGGGCCACGUAACGCACAAGGGCUCCAGGUACUAUUAUAUCAUCGUAGCAUAAGAAGCAGUCUUACAGUAAACUAAUAAAUUGUGCUAACCUUUGUCAAAAAUGUAGCUAAGGUUUAAAAUCAUCAACUUAUUUGUUUCAUAUGAUCUUACAAUUUCAAUUAGGUGCUUUUCAUUAGAAGGUGCCAAAGAGGAAAUGCGACUGUUCAUAUUGUUCCUAGUUCCCUGACAUGAUUCGGCCUAAAUAUUUUUGAAAAGUUUUGUCUCCUGCUUUUGGCCAAAAACCGUGCCAUUCGUGUGGAAGUUUCGCUGUGUGCUCACUACUGUGCCGCUUGAUUCAAAGUUGAAGUUAUUUCAGAUGGCUCUAGCAUUUUACUGAUGCUUCUGUCUUUAACCCACGCCGUGUUAUACAUAUUUUGGAACCCAAAUACUUCACUUUCAGUCUCACUCAUUGUUGCAUUUUCUUUUCCGCCAAUCUACGUAACUUCAACCUUGUGUCAAGCUCCAUGCGUGACAUAAAUGCAAUGGAUAAUAUUUUGGGAGGUCUCUGCUAUGUCUGCGCCCCCAUUAGUUUUAGUCUAGCUUGUUAAUAUAGAUUGUUAUCGUAGUGUAAAGUAGCGAUAAUUAACAUAAGGACACGUAAGGUUGCUGAAACAUAUCCCCAGGGCGGACAGAUGGCGCCACUAUUUACCGAGGUAAACGGUAGCACGUCUUGUGUAUUUUCUUUUCCUUGCAAAAUUGUAAGUCUUAAUUGACAUCAAAGUAACAUAAGUAUUCCGCUAAUAACUAAAUUCAAUUGACGUUACUUUUGUGAUCGGGCAAUAUCAACAGCAUUCGUUGUAAUAAGUCUUCACAGCCACACGUCGGUGCAGACAUGAUCUGAUUUCGAUUAUUGAAGUGAAAGAAAAUACACGUCCGCCGCCUAGACUACUUUAUUAAAAUAUAUGACAAUAUUAUUUGUAGAUAUUACUAGUAAUUAUUGUGACAUUUGGUUUCAACACGACUGUUUCUUUUUGUUUGGUGUAUUGCGUUCGAACAGUUAUUUAUUAAGUUCCUUAUGUUUUAGAUCUCAGAUGUAUCUCGCAUACUGUAUUAUAUAUACGUAUAUAUUGUAAUUAGAUUAUAUUAUUCACUCAAUUUGUACAUUGUUUACGACAUUGUAGUGGGUUGUGAGAUGAAUUUAUUGAAAAUAUAAAUAAUACAUUUGAACUUCUAUUAUCUAGUGGAACAGAUAGCUGUACAUGGGAGAGGUUUCUUUUAAGGGUAACCUUGAUUCAGGUACUAACAACAAGAUUAUACGUUUUAAAGUUCGUUUCGAUUCUCACUAACAGUUUUGAUACUUGAAAUAAGCAGAGUAACAUCUUUAAACAGACAUCUGUCAGCUUCCGAAGUACUCGCUAUGUGUUCCACUCCAUUACUUCUUGUACCGUUAAAUCCUUAUACCUAUUGGUAGUCAGUUACCUAUCCUUUAAGGGUAUCCUCUAAUUCUCACAAGAUUUUAUGCAUUUCUACAUUAUAAUAAAGUUAAAUAAUUAGCAAAUAUUAUGAAAUAUUAGCGAUAACGAGUGAUUAUUUGAGCUGGACAUAGAUAGCUGUUUUCAUGUAAUAUAUGUCUUUUGCCAUAUAUAGAGUAUUUUGCUAAUGUUAAGGUGGACACUGACUGGGAACUUUUGCAUAUUGGGUGUCAAUCGUGGAUGACACAUGCCUCUUGUUUCCCUUUAUUCAACAGCUCCCGAUCAGCAUCCAUCUUUAGUGAUCAUCUUAAUCGAUUUGAAAUCAAAUAAUACAAAAGUUUAGAAGUGCCAUUAAAUAUAAAUGAAGAAAUCAUAGUAUUUUCGUACUCAAAGCAAUAGUUAUACAUUAGAAGACUAUAUCUUUUGUCAAUAAAGUAUAGAAUAUCGGCGAUAUAUUUUUUGUGCCAUUAAUGAUAACAAAAUUACAGUUUUUGAUGAUAUGGGUAUAUUUUAAGUCUGCUUUCAGGCUGCAAAAGGCUACUAUUUUGUUAUAUUCAUUGCAAUAUUGUUAUACAGAGAUGUAGAGCCGACACCACUCUGGGAGCAGACAGCUUUUAUUUAUUAAUAUUUUGAACUCCUAAAGCUUGAACGAAAUUAUUCGUAAAGUACUACUUUUGUAAUAUUUUAGCCUUAUACUUGAAUAUGUUCUGAGCUUGUAAGUGUCCUGACAUUCAGGCGAAAUGUUUCAGAGAAAUAAUCAUUUGCAAAAAGCAAUACGGGUCGGCAGAGAAACUAAUAUAAUGAACGCUUGGUAAAGUAUAAGUAUUCCAUGGCAAACAAGAAUAUCAAUAAGGUUAAACAUUGAAAUUAACUGAAAUUAUUUAAGUGUUAGUCUAGUGAAGGCGCUGCCGACUCUCAACUGGCCUACUAAAUGAUUUGGAAAACUAAUUCGUCUUUUUAAAAUGUACAGGGUAAAAUUAUACUAAAUUUUAUGAUUGUGAAACUCGCUUGGACAGCAGUCACAUGCUUUUAAAAUUCAGUUUGUCAUAUUUGGACUUUCACUCGAUUUUUACAAUUUUUUUGAAUUAUAAUGUAAUCAACCCUAAUUUUUGGAUGAAGUUAUAUAUUUAAUUUUAAGUACUGUAACAAAUUUAGGAUAUUGAUAGGUUGAAGUAAGUGGCAAUGAUAACAACAGUAUAACGCGUGUUGUUGCUAUUGACAUUUAAAUGAAAAUGAUCCUUAAUGAGAAUGAUUUGCAUUGUUUUAAAUUAGGUUGUUUACUGAUACCGUGAUCUUGUAUUUAGCCAAGAGACAAACAUUUGCAUUUUGUGAUUUAGAUUACAGAAAAUCAGAUUAUUAUUAGAAUACCGAUCAGUACGCGAUUGUAAAUCAUUGCCAUUAAGGUAGAGUAUCGAACAAAGCAGUAUAGUGUUGUUGAGCUCUUGAGCUAGUAAGUUUGUUGUUGGACGAAUACGACGACGCUUUGACCACGAUCGGCGUGAUUUUGUAAUGUAUGGCUGGCUGUAAACCGCACGAUACUUAAAAAAUCUUAUGAAAUCUACUGAAAAGUUUAAUUUUAAUUAAAACUGCGUAAGAACUGAUGACGUAGAACUACGCAGAAUGUACAGGCAAUAGAAAUACAGUAAAUGGUGUCACGGUGCCGUCUAAAGCUAGAUUUUAACCAAGAAAGUAGUAAUUAAUGAACUUAUGAAAGUGUUAUGUUUAGGAUUGCCAGCGUAUUUCUAUUGUUCCUGUACACUUAAUUGUAAUUGUAAUUGGCAAAAAAAAUAUGGGAAUCAAGUUGCUGCAAAAAAGACUACCUACCUAUAUAAUUUCGCCCAAAAUUACAUAUUAACAACGAAACGAUUUACUUUGAUAAGUAGCUCAAAGUCAGCUCAAUAAAUAAGAUUAAUAGUUGCAGCGUGUCCGGUGUCGCGCGGCGUGCAGCCGGCCUGCAGCCGGCCUGGAGCCUUGUAUUAUAGUUUGUUGUAGAGUAUGAUGGAAGUGCACUUUGUAAUUCAGUAGCCUGUUGACAAGUGUUGAAUAGCUGCGUACGCAUUAUAUUUUUGGACAGACAACUCACUGAAAUAAAAAGAUUAAU